AUGGAAUUUGUAAAAUUAUUGUUUGUUUGUUCAGUGUUGUGUUUUUCACAGAUUAAUAGCAGCGGUAUUUUAUGCGAAGAAGGCUUUUGUAGGAAUUACAUAUUUAAAGAGGGCUGCCCAUCAACAGCUCAAGAAUGCACAAUCAACAACGAGACUCAUACGGGAAUAUGGUUACCUUCGCCAACUACGUGCAACUGUUGUGAAUACUGCUUGCCUUUUUACGGCAAAGGCGCCCAUUGUACAACUGGUGGUCCAGGUACAGGAGUUACAGUAGGCAGAUGUGGCUACGGAUUGACUUGUGAUCCCGAAUCACUCACUUGCGUAAGAAAGAAAUCUAAAUGCCACACCGCACAAGAUGAAUAUGACGCAAGGCAUCUCAAAGGAGAAACGGGAGCGUUGGAACAGCGCCCCAUCUGUGACGGGAAGGGGAAAUAUGCCGCUUUUCACUGUGUGCCAGCUCAUACUUGCUUUUGUCAGUCAGAGGAUGGAGAAAGAAUAUUUGGUGAAAGACUAAACCAAGGAGCGACUACCAUGCAGAACAUGCACUGUGGUUGUUCCCGUUUGAAUCAUAAAAUAAAGAACUCUAUAUCCACGGGAGUACGUUUCCCAGUGAUCGGACCAAGGUGCACUUCAGACGGCAAUUUUCAUCGUAUACAGUGCAUUGGCAGAAUUUGUUAUUGCGUGCACAGAAUAACUGGAGCUAUUAGAGAAGAAAAAACUGUGAAUUUAGAUGAGGAACCAAUAUCAGAGUUACCUUGUUAUGAUCCCAACUUAGACCUCUUUCCAAAUCAAAUUGAGGGCAAACCGCCGUUUAAUUACACCACACCUUGCUACGAAAAUAUGAAAGCGAAGAUAGAACUCAUUCUGCGGGGAGAGGAAGAAGGUUUUAAUGUUGAAUUCUUUACUUCGGUCGCUGAAUGUAUGCCAGAUGGAACCUUCGGAAGAAUCCAAGAGACUAGAAAUGGAACUAAAAUUUGCGUAGAUGAAAGGGGCCAAAAAAUUGAAGAUUAUGAAGCUGAGCCAAACACAGAGAGUUUCAAAAAUAUGGAUUGCAAAUGUGCACAAACUUCUGUUCUCAUGGCAUUUUCGAAUGAAAAACCAAUCUGUUGUAAGAAUGGAAACUUCAGAAAGAUACAGUGUCGUCGUGGUCAGUGCCGCUGCGUGGACUCUGAUGGCCGCCAGAUAGGAAGGGAGUCGGCUGAUGUUUCCACUUUGAAUUGUUACACUCCGGAUUGGAAACAAUGUUAA